UCUGUGUAGUCUAUGUUGUGAAUCCGCACGGGAUAGUGAAAGUACUGAGGCAAGGAAAUUUCCCUUGCUUUCUCCGAGCGCCGCUACAAUCCGACCCGUUUCAGGACACUGCUAGACCGACGACAUAACAUCCUCCGCACACGAUGGCUUCCCGUGGCGGUCCAAUGAUCCUUGGCACCGACGGUGCCGACUUCGAGCAUAGACAACGCGUGGCAGCUCACUACCAAAUCAGCGCACUGAACAAAUCCCGGUUAAAAUACUGCAUUUUCUUCCACUACUUGCUGUUCUUCGUGAUGCUAGUCAAACUGUCCGCAGACAUCCUGGACAAACUGGACAUUUUCAUCCUGGAAAUUGAGGAACUCCAGAUACCCCCGCCGCUCUGGUGGGAGUACUUCUGGUGCCUGUCCGUGUUUUUGUCCUUCAUUGGGCUGGCCGCCGCCCGCGGCAACCGGAUCAACGAUAUGAAAAAGUACAUGGUGGGUAUCAGUACGGUUGCGUUCGUCCCGCUGCUGUACUGCAUCUUUUACUACUUGAACGACGUCCUCGAGUAUCUCAGCCUGGAAGAAGGUACCGAACUAGAUGAUACUGAUAUUUUCGUCUGGCAGGUAAUUGGCUAUCCGUAUGGACUGCUGUGGUACGGUUUCGUGCUGAUGGCCUUCCAGGUGCACUUUUUCUCGCUGUUCUUUGCCUGGAAUCUGAUCAAAGCCUGGAGAGCGCGUGGCGCGCUCAAGAAAGGCCAAUAAGAUGGAAAGAUGUGGGUGCCAGAACGGAGCUACAGCAAAUCUGCUCAAAGAUGCACACGGAACCGGGUGCACAAUGUAACGAACCACAGAACCAGCCGAACGUCUACCGUACGCAACACAUACGAACAGAAAAUAAUUCAUCCAACAAACAUCAUUCUACACGGCACACUACGCUCAACAAAAAGGUGCUGCUCAACGCAACAAGGACGUGUUGCGCUGGGUAACGAAACGCUCCACUGAAACCCUUUUUUCGACAAAGACAAUAUACUUAGUAUGCAAUGGAACGAGUUGUUGAACAGUCGAUGUAAAUUUUAGACGUGUUUUUUGUUCCUUGUUGAAACGACCUUUUUCUUUAAUAUUAUCCCUCACCAUGACUAGAAACCCUUAGCAUGCUGCUGGCUAGAAACCAUUUCUGUUGCGACGAAAACCAUGCAUGAAGCGACCGUACGUGCACUAUUGCCGAUCCGAUUGUAUGUUUACCUUGACGACGUAGAAACGGUUCCAUCCUCGCCCAAUUCACCCAUGCCUAAACGAUAUUUGCAAAGCUAAAAAUGUACGCGUAAUGGCUAUCGAACGAUUAUUGAGAUGUUUAGUAGGAGUUUAAGUAGGAAAUGCAGGUAAACGCUGCCUUAUUUGGUUUCUUAUUUGCUUCGCUUUUUACUGCCUCUAAGGUCGAUUGUAAACAUAGCGGAUGUACUUGGGUAUAUUAUAGUUGGACAAUAUUAACACUUAACUUGCCACCCACCCACACACAUACUCUUGUUACUAAAAGUAGUCAAAAGACAGCAUACAGUGAUAUUUAACAACAAACAUACAGGACACAAAAACACGCUUUUUAGUGCAGAAUUGAGAAACUUAUUGGUGUGCAACGUUUUUCUGCGUAAACUUAUCAAUACCCGGGUUAAUAGGAAACCCUUAUCGUUGUUCAAAAGAUGAACCUAAAUUUCUACCCAUGGAACCACUUUGAGAUGGAGUCGUCCUUUAACGGAAUAAGGAAGAACGCAAUGUCGAACAAAGCAAGAUUGGGUUCAUUUCAGUUAUGUUCAACCAUCAGUUACAUUCGUGUUACAAUACUGCCAUGAUGGGAAAAUUUAGAACAUCAUCAACCUCCCAGCCUGAUACCUACCCCAAGGAAGAUACCAGCAUCAUCUCCUGUGAAUUACGCGAACGAAGAAGUGGAAGUGACCGAUAUGAUCCGUGUAUACAACCAAGAUCGUCCUGUUCCUCUUCACUUUUUUUCGGUAGCUAUCGUUGCGGUAGUGUUACACUAAAAAUGACUACGAUAAUUUCCGGUCGGGCGACAAAGGAGACGAAUAGUCUUAGCUUUUCGUUACCUUGUUUUAUGUUUAGGUUUUUCUUUCUUUAUUAAUGCGUGAUAGAAAACGAAAAAAUGUUAAUCGAUUAACAGUAGCGUGAACAGAGAGAAGAAAAUAAGGAGUGGUGAGAGAAGUACACAGGGUUUUGAAACUGUUAAGAUGACUUAUUUAUAGUAAAUGGAAAAUCGAGAAAAUUUACUGAAAACUGUUCUUAUGACGUUUGUAGAGACGAAUGAACUGUGCUUAAGAGAUUUAAAUAAAAUGGUUUA